GCCAUCCCUUUUGCCUCCCUCGCUCUCUGUUUUCGUUUCUGUCUCACUCUCUGUCCAUGGAAGCCCUGGCAAGCUCUGUCUUCUUACCCGAGACGUACCCACUUCAUAACAACAACCCAACUCUAAUCACAACACCCAAUAAGCCAACUGGGUCUCUCAAACUCACCCCGACUUCCCAUUUUGCUGGCCUCCGUGCCCGAGCUCUCUCCGGCGAGGCCUCCGGCUCCGGUGACAAUGAAGAUGCAGGGCCUCUCAAUAAUGGGUUUAGCUUUGACAGUCUCUCUUUGUCUCAGGGUAAUUUAAAUCACCUUGAAAGUCGUGAGAAGGAUGUGGAUGAGGGAUUAAAUCAAAACACUCCUCUUACAUCCCAUUCUGCAUAUGGAGCAGGCGGAACAAGAGCUGGGCUCUUUAGGACUCCAAUUUCUGGCGGGGUGCAGAGUGCAACUUCAGCUCAUGGUUUACCUCGUCCCUCCUUAGCUGUACGCAAUCUUAUGGAGCAGGCCAGAUUUGCUCAUCUGUGCACUGUUAUGUCGCGCAUGCACCAUCGACGAGAAGGAUAUCCAUUUGGUUCUCUUGUUGAUUUUGCACCUGAUUCAAUGGGCCAUCCUCUCUUUUCGUUUUCCCCAUUGGCCAUCCACACACGGAAUUUAUUAGCAAAUCCAAGAUGCACGCUUGUUGUGCAGAUUCCUGGAUGGAGCAGCUUAUCAAAUGCAAGGGUUACCAUUUUUGGUGAUGUUUACCCACUUCCAGAAGAUCAACAGGAUUGGGCUCAUAAGCAAUACAUAGCAAAACAUCAACAGGGGCCUUCUCAACAGUGGGGAAAUUUCUACUACUUCCGGAUGCAAAAUAUAAGUGACAUUUAUUUUAUUGGUGGCUUUGGAACUGUUGCUUGGGUUGAUGUAAAAGAGUACGAGGCCCUUCAGCCUGAUAAGAUUGCAGUCGAUGGAGGCGAGCAACACCUGAAGGAACUUAAUGCUAUGUUUUCGAAGCCCUUAAAAGAGCUACUGUCCCUUGAAUCCGAGGUGGAUGAUGCUGCUUUCAUAUCUAUAGACAGCAAGGGAACUGAUAUUCGGGUUCGUCAGGGUGCACAGUUCAACAUUCAGAGGCUAUCGUUUGAAGAAGGUCAGUCUGUUGAAACAUUAGAGGAAGCCAAGGUUGCUCUCAGGAAACUUAUAAACAAAGGCUGAGUGCAUAGCUUGUAGAAAUGAAGAUGGUGCGUUUGUUUUCCAUCUUUUUAGUGAAUUGGUCAUUGUGGAUGGUGACCAGAAGAUGAGUCGCUCCUUUGAAGCUUGAGAGAAAUAACCACAUCUGUUUUCAUCAACAUAUUUAUGUUAACCUUUAGGAUUGAGUUGUAAUAGAAUUGAUGUGCAACGUUAUAUCAGUUUGGAAUCCACAGAAUGUGUAGCUUCUGCUUCUGCGGA